CCUCAACUUCGUCCAUCUUGCCCUGUUCAUCUGUCAACAAAACAAGCCAACCAGCAGCAGCAGCCCCCAGGAGGAAUCGCUUCCGACGCCAGUCAUACUCACUUUCCAGAUUAAUCAUGCGUCGUCGCGAGAUUCGCAACUUCACCAUCAAGCUGAGCGAUCUGAAGGAGUACGAGCAGGCCAAACAGGAACGGCUGGCGGCCAAGGCCAGCGAGGAUCGCUCGACGGGGAGUGACGGUGCCGGAGGAGGUGGCGACGAUAGUGCCGGCGAUGUGGACCCGCUAAAGUCGCCGGAAGUGACGGUGACGCCGCUGCCGAAGGUGGGCGGUGCCAAGACAAAGCAGGAGAUCCGGGCCCGGAUAGGGUACCAGCUGGAGUUGCCGUAAAAUAAAAUUGUUUAAUUUAA